AUGACUAUUUACCGUGCAAAGCUAGAGACCAAAGCACUAAAAGCAAAAAGACCAGGAUUUACAGAUGAUAGAUAUAAUGAAACGUCAUACUAUAUCGAGAAUGGUCUGCGGAAGGUCUACCCUUACUAUUUUACAUUCACGACGUUCACGAAAGGGCGUUGGGUCGGCGAGAGGAUUUUGGACGUGUUUUCUCGCGAAUUCAGGGCUCAUCCCGCCGAGGAGUACGAGCGAUGCAUCACAGCCGGAACUCUGACCGUCAAUUAUGAAAAAGUAUCCACGGAUUAUAGGCUCAAACAUAACGACUUACUGGCCAACAUAGUACACAGACACGAGGUGCCUGUGACGAGUCAAAGGAUCGCCAUUGUGCACAUGGACGAGGACGUUGUUGUGGUCAACAAACCUGCCUCCAUACCUGUAAGUGCCAGAAAGGACUGGUCACCUAUAAUAUUUAACGAAUAG